AUGUUUAGAGGAAGAGUCCAACAUUUAAUGCAUUGCAUGUUUUUCAUGACAUUCAUAUUUAUUUUCUUAGUGUUUGCGGGUGCUAUUAGUUUAGAUGAUAAAGAGAAGAGAAUUAUUGAUCCUUGGGAAACCUAUGGAAUUUAUGGUACAAUUACUCUGUAUAUUCUUAGACUUCUUACCUUUCUAACAAUUCCACAAGUUCUAUGCAACUUUGCAGGGUUAACAUUAUUCAAUGCCUUCCCUGGCAAGGUAAAAUUGAAAGGAUCGCCAUUGUUAGCCCCUUUCAUUUGUAUUAGAGUUGUCACAAGAGGUGAUUUCCCCAAGCUAGUGAGAGAUAAUGUCACAAGAAACAUGAACACUUGCCUUGAUGUCGGGAUGGAAAAUUUUAUGAUUGAAGUUGUAACAGAUAAAGCUAUUAGCUUGCCAAAGCAUAGAAGAGUCAGAGAAGUUGUGGUUCCAUCUGAAUAUAAGACUAAAUCUGGUGCUUUGUUCAAGUCCCGUGCACUGCAAUACUGCUUAGAAGAUGAAGUGAAUAUUUUAGCUGACACAGAUUGGAUUGUUCAUUUAGAUGAAGAAACAUUGUUGACUGAGAAUUCAGUUCGUGGAAUAUUGAACUUUGUAUUUGAUGGCCAACACCAAUUUGGCCAAGGCCUUAUUACUUAUGCUAAUGAACAUAUUGUUAACUGGCUAACUACCCUGGCAGAUAGUUUUAGAGUUGCAGAUGAUAUGGGCAAGUUAAGAUUUCAAUUCUAUUUUUUUCACAAACCACUUUUUAGUUGGAAAGGUUCUUAUGUGGUGACACAGGUUUCUGCAGAAAAGAAAGUAUCUUUUGACAAUGGACUGGAUGGAUCUGUUGCUGAAGACUGUUAUUUUGCAAUGAAGGCCUAUGUUCAAGGCUAUACAUUUAAUUUUAUUGAAGGAGAGAUGUGGGAAAAAUCACCUUUUACUUUAUGGGAUUUCAUGCAGCAACGGAAGCGCUGGAUUCAAGGUAUACUCUUAGUAGUGCACAGCAAAGAAAUCCCUUUAGUUAAUAAGAUUUUACUUGCCCUAUCCUGUUAUUCGUGGGUUACACUGCCAUUAUCGACUAGUAACAUUCUCUUAGCAACCCUAUGUCCAAUUCCAUGUCCACAAAUACUUGAUCUCAUUUGUGGUUUCAUAGGGGCUGUGAAUAUUUACAUGUACGUAUUUGGUGUCAUAAAGUCUUUUCCACUUUAUAGAUUUGGACCUAUAAAGUUCUUAAUGUUUAUUUGUGGAGCUUUAGCUACUAUUCCAUUUAAUAUUAUUAUUGAAAAUGUAGCUGUAAUUUGGGGUGUUUUAGGUAAAAAGCACAAAUUUUAUAUAGUAAACAAAGAAGUCAAGAUACCUGUCACAGUAUAG